AUGAACGGUAUUCCUACGACGCCAACAAGAGUUAGAAGCAGUGGUAGUUCUAUUCCAUCACCGAAAUUAAAUGGAUCUUCUCCCAAAAGUUAUAAACGUCGAAAUGAUUCAACAACGCCGCCAGGAUCUUAUUCACCAGUGGAACAGCAGAAUAAUCACGAUAAUAAUAAUGAUAAUAAUAAUAAUAAUAAUAGUAAGAACCAAACUAUUUCUAGGGGAGCCACGGGUACAUCUUACAGGAGCAAUUUCCAUCUGACUUCCUUUUACAAAGAAAAUAUUCGUGAUUUGAAUCAGUUACAAGAUAGCCUUUUCCAAAAGAAAGCACAAAUGGAUGUUCUGCUAGAUGAAUUGAGUGAAUGUAAUGGAAAGUACAAAAAUAUAGAAUUUAAAUGGGAGGAUUUAAAGGAGGAAAGAUCAUUGAAAAAUCAGCAGAUGAAUUUGAAAAAUAAUGAACUGGCUAGAUUGAAGGAGGAAUUGGUAACUAAAAAUGGAUUUUUAGAACAAGGUCAUCAAUUACAUUUACAACAGUUGAGAGCCAAAAAUGAUGCAGAUAUCAACAAGAUGGAAAAUGAAUAUAGGGUUCAAUUGGAAAGGUUAAAGUUUGCCAAGGUUAAAAAAUUUGAAAAUGAAAGGAAUUCUCUAUUAGAUAAAGUGGAGGAAGUGAGAAAUAAUAUAAUUACCAAUGAGACAAAUUUACAGAACAUGCUUAGGGAAUGUGAGACCAAUCAUUAUAGAGCUAAGGAAAAUUGGUUACAAGAUUAUCAAAAGAACUGGAAAGAAAAUGUUCAGAUGAAUGAAAAUUUCUCUAACGAUGUGACGGUAUUGGGUCAACAGAUUAAGACUGUUUUGGAACCACAGUGCAAUGAGAAAAUGCAAGAAGUAGCAGCAUUAAGAGGUAAAUUGCAAAAUUUGCAAAAUUCUUUAAAACAAAGACAAGAUGAUACUCAAAGUAUGAAAAGACAAAUUGAUGAAAUCAAGGGGAAAACAGUACAAACAAAGAGGAAAAGACAAGAGUUACAUGACUAUAUCCAUAAUACAAAGAGUGAAUUACAACAAAUUGAUGAAAUUCUAAUUAAAGAGGAAACUAUGCGCCGAUCAUUACAUAAUGAAUUACAGGAAUUGAGAGGAAAUAUAAGAGUUUUCUGUAGGAUAAGACCUCCUUUAAAAUAUGAAAAUCCAAAUACGGCCCAUCUCACGGUGAAUAAAUUUGAUGAUGAAAAUGGUUGUCAGACGAUGGAAAUUGUAAAAUCUAAUAAUACAGGUAAUUCUAUUCCACAGAAUUUUAAAUUUGAUAGAAUAUUUGAUCAAAACGAAACUAAUGAAAACGUAUUUGAAGAAAUUGGUCAAUUGGUACAAAGUUCCUUAGAUGGUUAUAAUGUUUGCAUAUUUGCCUAUGGACAGACGGGGUCAGGUAAGACUUAUACAAUGCUCAAUCCACGUAAUGGUAUUAUACCCGCUACAAUUAGUCACAUUUUCAGCUGGAUCGAAAACUUGAAAGAAAGAGGUUGGAAUUAUGAAAUCAAUUGUCAAUUCAUUGAAAUUUAUAAUGAAAAUAUUGCGGAUCUACUGCGAAGUGAUCAAGAUGAUAUCCAAGCAAAUGCUAAACAUGAGAUUAGACAUAACCAGGAAACUAACACAACUACUGUUACCAAUGUAACACUGUGUCCGUUGAACUCUGAAGAACAGGUGGACGGUUUAUUGAGGAAAGCCAAUCGACUGAGAUCUACGGCAUCGACAUCAGCAAAUGAAAGAUCAUCUAGAUCUCACAGCGUAUUCAUAAUUUUCCUCAAAGGUUCUAAUCACUUGACAGGUGAACAAUCUGAUGGAAUUCUCAAUUUGGUCGAUCUGGCGGGUUCAGAAAGGAUCAAUUCUUCUCAAGUGCUAGGUGAGCGCCUGAGAGAAACACAAAAUAUUAACAAAUCUUUGAGUUGCUUGGGGGAUGUAGUGCAUGCCCUUGGUAGUAACGAUGCAGCUAAAAGGCAUAUUCCUUUUAGAAAUUCCAAAUUAACAUAUUUGUUGCAGUAUUCGUUGACAGGUAAUUCCAAAACUUUGAUGUUCGUCAACAUAUCCGCUUGUGAAAGUCAUCUUAACGAGACUUUGAACUCAUUAAGGUUUGCAUCUAAGGUAAACUCAACGAAAAUGAUCGCCAGAGAUUCUUAUGGGUUUCGUAACGAAAAUGCUAUAAUAAAUGUCUAA